GAGUCUCGCAUUGUUGUUGUUGUGGUGAUGAUGGCGGCUAGCGCGGAGGCCCCGGACUCCUGGUACCUGGCGCUGCUCGGUUUCGCCGAACAUUUCCGAACCUCCAGUCCUCCUAAAAUCCGCCUGUGCGUGCACUGCCUGCAGGCCGUCUUCCAGUUCAAGCCGCCGCAGAGGGUGGAGGCCCGCACGCAUCUGCAGCUGGGCUCGGUGCUCUACCACCACACGAAGAACAGCGAGCUGGCCCGCACGCACCUCGAGAAAGCGUGGAUGAUCUCACAGCAGGUCCAGGUGGCUCAGUUUGAGGAUGUGAAGUUCGAGGCUGCGAGUCUGCUGUCGGAGCUCUACUGUCAGCAGAACCUGGUGGAUUCAGCGAAGCCACUGCUGCGCAAGGCCAUCCAGAUCUCCCAGCAGACCCCGUACUGGCACUGCAGACUGCUCUUCCAGCUGGCGCAACUGCACACGCUGGAGAAGGACCUGGUGUCGGCCUGUGACCUGCUGGGGGUUGGAGCUGAAUAUGCCCGAGUGGUGGGAUCUGAAUACACCAGAGCGCUCUUCCUGCUCAGCAAAGGCAUGCUGCUGCUGAUGGAGCGUAAGCUACAGGAGGUUCACCCGCUGCUGACGCUCUGUGGGCAGAUCGUGGAGACCUGGCAGGGAAACCCCAUCCAGAAGGAGUCUCUGCGGGUCUUCUUCCUGGUGCUGCAGGUCACGCAUUACCUGGACGCUGGACAGGUGAAGAGUGUGAAGCCGUGUCUGAAGCAGCUCCAGCAGUGUAUCCAGACCAUCUCCACGCUCCACGAUGACGAGAUCAUGCCCAGCAACUCUGCAGACCUCUUCCACUGGCUGCCCAAAGAGCACAUGUGUGUCCUCGUCUACCUGGUGACAGUCAUGCACUCUAUGCAGGCCGGGUAUCUGGAGAAGGCCCAGAAAUACACUGAUAAAGCCCUGAUGCAGCUGGAGAAGCUCAAGAUGCUGGACUGCAGCCCAAUCCUGUCCUCGUUUCAAGUGAUUCUGCUGGAGCACAUCAUCAUGUGUCGUCUGGUGACGGGACACAAGGCCACGGCGCUGCAAGAGAUCUCUCAGGUGUGUCAGCUGUGUCAGCAGUCUCCUCGGCUCUUCUCCAAUCACGCGGCUCAGCUUCACACACUGCUGGGCUUGUACUGUAUCUCUGUGAACUGCAUGGAUAACGCAGAGGCUCAGUUCACUACGGCACUGAGGCUCACCACGCAUCAGGAGCUGUGGACCUUCAUCGUCACUAAUCUGGCCAGUGUUUACAUCAGAGAAGGCAACAGACACCAAGAGCUGUACAGUCUAUUAGAGAGGAUAAACCCAGACCACAACUUCCCCGUCAGUUCCCACUGUCUGCGCGCUGCUGCUUUCUACAUCCGCGGCCUGCUCUCCUUCUUCCAGGGACGCUACAAUGAAGCCAAGCGUUUUCUGCGUGAGACACUGAAGAUGUCGAAUGCGGAGGAUCUGAACCGUCUGACGGCCUGCUCUCUGGUGCUGCUGGGACACAUCUUCUACGUGCUGGGGAACCACAGGGAGAGCAACAACAUGGUGGUUCCAGCGAUGCAGUUGGCCAGCAAGAUCCCAGACAUGUCAGUGCAGCUGUGGUCAUCAGCUCUGCUCAAGGAUCUGAACAAGGCCUGUGGGAACUCGAUGGACGCUCAUGAAGCUGCGCAGAUGCACCAGAACUUCUCCCAGCAGCUCCUGCAGGACCAUAUAGCAGCCUGCAGCCUACCGGAGCACAACCUCAUCAAUUGGACGGACGGGCCUCCUCCUGUGCAGAUUCAAGCUCAGAAUGGACCAACAACAAGCCUGGCGAGCCUACUUUAAACACACACACACUGUACAUACAUGUCCUCUCACUCACUCACACACACACACACACACACACACACACACACUCUCCGCUGCACUCCUCUGUCUGCUGUUUGUCUGUAAUUCAGCUGUUUGUAUUGACGGUUUCUGCUGGUGUGCGUGUGCGUGUGUGUGUAUGUGUGUGUGUGUGUGAUGAACACUCCUCUCUCAGAGCAGCAGACGGGUUGGUUAGACUAGUGAACCAGCAGCUGAUUGUAAUCAGAUCAUCAUCAGACGUGUUCCUUUAUAAUAAUGCCUCAGAUGCUCCUCAGUGUAGUGUCAGGGCUUCCUGUGGUUCAGCAGCUCCGGCUCGCCACAUCGUCACACACUCCACCUGUGUUUUAUUUUGGCCUUCGACGUUAGUUUGAGGAGACUCUGAGAUGCUCAUUACUGUAAUGUUCGUUUAUUUCAAUGCUGCAUUACAGGAGUGUGUGUGUGUGUGUGUGUGUGUGUGUGUGUGUGUGUGUGUGUGUGUGUGUGUGUGUGGUACUUCCUCUCCUUCACGCUGGUGGUUUCUGCCAUUACAGUGAUGAGCUGCAGGUGGUGGAGUGUGCAGCAGGGGGCGCUGUUUCUCUGGGUGUGUGUGUGUGUGUGUGCAGCGGAGCACUGACACUGAUCUUUUCUAGGCUUUGAUAUUCACACACACACACACACACACACACACACACAUUUCCAGUUCAGUACCUGCUCGUCUGCUGUUUUACUCUGUACAGGCGCUCUGAGGACAGUCUUUUCUUUUAAUGCUCUUUACUCUUGCUUCUCUUCCUCUGUAGUUUUAACAGAAAGGUUUAUUAAAUUUUGUAAAGUUUGAAUAUUUAUAUCCCACAUUAACAAUAUUAGCCUCUGUCUUUAUUUCUGAUCUGUGUAAAUGUUCUGAGAUCUGUUGUUCCUGUAGUGUAUUGUAGGUAAAGCUCGUCCUGGCCUCGCUCUGCUCUCAGAUCAGCUCCACGCUCUGCUCAUGACUGUAUUUUAAACUCUUAUUAUUAUUUCUGUGUGUCUGCUUCAGAAUCAGCAGGAUUUUUAAAUAAACUUGGAGAAGUGUGUGAA